GGAGAAGGCUGAGCCAUUGAGGUUACUCCUUCGAAAGACUGAAAAAUUCUACUGGGAUUCUUCGCAGGAACUCGCAAUGCAAGAACUUAAAGACGAAUUUAAGGAAGGAGGACGCGUGUUGGGUGUGCCAUUCUUUGACGAUGAGACCGAGAGACCCUUCAUAGUAUCCACGGAUGCUAGACCAUAUUCAGUCGGUGGUUUGUUGUCUCAGAAAGACGCUGGAGGGAAGGAAAGACCGUUGAGAUUUGAGAGUAGGACACUUAAUACGGCUGAGCGUAACUACAGUCAAUUCAAGAAGGAAGUGCUAGCUGUUCUCCGGUGUCUAGAGACGUUCAGACACUAUAUCUAUGGGCGACGGUUCAUCUUGAGAGUAGACCCCACCGCGGUUGCCUCUGUCCUCCAGAAGGACUUUAGUCUGACGSACCCGACCAUCGCCCGAUGGUUAAUACGGAUUCGGUUAUACGAUUACACGGUCGAAAGAGUAUCUGGUACGAAAAAUGCCGUGGCAGAUGGACUUUCACGCAUCCCUCUCGAGCGUCCGAUAGUAGCUGGGGCUCUGACAAUGGCAGAGCCGAGACGCGCCGAGAGAUUCCUAGUUAAUCUUUACGAUGGCAAGUACCGAAUGAUCGGACUACACCUGACGGGAGAAGAGAGUCAAGAUUCAGGAAUCCGGAGGCAAGCAGCCCAGUACUGCCUUAGAGCGGGCCACCUUUUCCGAAGGCCAGUAGGGUCGGGAAUGCCCUUACGAGUAAUCUGUGAUCCUGAGGAAAGACAGACGAUAGUUGCGGAACUUCACGACGGGGUAGCCGGGGGACACAGGGGAGUUAAAGGAACCUACGAAAAGAUACGUCGGCUGUACUGGUGGGAUGAACAGUAUAAGGACGUCGAGAGGUACUGUAUGACAUGCCAAGAGUGCCAGAAGAAAGCUCUUGUGAAAUACAAAGAGCCACUUCAUCCAUCCUAUCCGACCAGACCAGGAGAGAAGGUACACAUCGAUCUAGUGAAAAUACCGAGAGGGGUAGGCAAUAUGAACUACGUUGUGAACAUACGAGACGAUUUCACUGGGUUCGUGGACGGUAGACCUAUCAGGAGUAAGGCGGCAAAGGAAGUAAAGAACUUUGUCCUAGAGUACUUAUCUAGGUAUGGUUGUGUCAGCAAGAUAGUGAUGGACAGAGGGGCGGAAUUCCUAGCCGACGAGGUCCAGAGCGUGUUUAGGAGAGCCGGUGCGAGAGUUUCGAUAGCCACCGCCUAUCACCCACAGUCGAACUCCCCAAUAGAGAGGGGACACCAGACUCUAAUAGCGUCACUGUCCAAGUGGUGCAAGGGUAAGGACAGUGAUUGGCCACAAUAUUUUCGAUACGCGAUAUGUCACGGGCUAGUACCGGAUACCCACCAUACACCUUGUGGUUUGGACGACAUUGUCCGCUUCCCAUAGAGUUUCACGUCGUCAGCUGGACAACCGUCGAUUGGGCGGAGGAGAUGUCCAGAGAGGAACUCUUAGCAGCCCGAACGAGA